AGUGAGCGGCGGCGGUGGCGGGCGGUGCGGGCGAGCUGUGUGUGCGGGCAUCGCCGGCGGGUCCCCUUCGGCGGGGAGGAAGGCGGGGCGGGAAGGAGGUGAAAAGCAGAGGUCUCUAAGCAGCUUGAUGCGGUUAGGUGCUUCCCUCUUGGAUGCUCGGAUGGGCAGGAGGGAGGAGGUGCCCCUCGGAGAGCCCGGCAGGCAGCCAGCUUCUUCCUCUUAAUUUCCCGGGCGCUUGUGAGCGCUGACAGCAGCGAGGGGUUCUCGCUUUUGGGAUGCGCGGGCAGGACUGAGAAGAUUUUGCUCACUGUAGGACCCAGAGUGGCUUGGAUGUGUCCGAGGGAAAUGCUGCAGCAUGAACCCACCGCCUAGAGAGAAGGGACCGCACCUCCUCAGCGCCGCUGCCUGAGCCAGCCCGACACAGCCGUCCGGCGGGGAGCCUGCUCGGGGGACUGACGCCGGGAGCAGCCCAGCCCUGCCGCUCCGCCGCCCGGCCCCGGCGGGAUGCGCUCGCCGCCGCCUUCAUGCCGGAGGGGGGGACUGUGAGCCGCCGCUCCGAGCCCUGCAAACCUCUCGGGCAAGAACCUCGGGCAACGGCGCGGCCCCGCGGCGCAGCCCGGUCCGGAGCCAUCCACGUGUCACCCGCCGGCGGCCCCCGGUGAAGGCGCCCGCUCCAGCCGGCGGUGCGGGGGGGCACCCCUGAGCCUUUCGCCGCAGAAGCCAGCGGCGCGCCCCGGGGUGGCGGCGGAUCCCGCCCGGCGGCCGCGAUCCAGUGCCCCAUGGUGCUGCUGCGGAAGCUGCCGGGCAUGCCGGGCUGGCCGGCGGCGCUGGGGCUGCGGCUGCCGCAGAAGUUCCUGUUCCUGCUUUUCCUCUCGGGCCUGCUCACGCUGUGCUUCGGGGCCCUCUUCCUUCUGCCCGAUUCCUCCCGCUUCAAGCGCCUCUUCCUACCCCGCCGGGCCACCGCCUCCGCCUCCUCUUCUUCCUCCGCCUCCUCCGCCGCCGCCUCCUCCUCCUCCACCCGCGACACCGACCUGCCCCGCAGCCCCCCCGCCGCCGCCGAGCCCCGCCACGCCAGCCCCGCCGCCCCCCGCCGCCUCCGGGAGAAGCUCCGCACCGCCGCCCGCAUGGCCGGCCCGCCGGCCCACACCGCGCCGGGCUCCCGACAGCAGGUGCAGGGCGGCGAGCGGCGAGCCGAGCCCGCCACCGGGGCGCCCCCCGCCCGGGAGACGCGAGCUCCGUUCCGCUUCGACUACGAGCGGUUCCGCCGGAGCCUCCGCCACCCGGUGCGGGGCAGGCGGGCCGGCGAGGACCCCGAGACCCGCGCCCGCAGGAUGAAGAUUAAAGAGAUGAUGAAAUUUGCUUGGGAUAACUACAAACAAUACGCACUCGGGAAAAAUGAACUGCGACCGCUAACUAAGAACGGCCACAUCGGUAAUAUGUUUGGAGGCCUUCGAGGAGCUACGGUGGUAGACGCCUUAGAUACUCUGUACAUCAUGGAACUCGAGGAGGAAUUCCAAGAAGCAAAGACGUGGGUGGAGAAGAGCUUUGACUUGAAUGUGAACGGAGAAGCAUCCUUGUUUGAGGUGAACAUCCGCUAUAUUGGAGGACUGUUGGCCACAUACUACUUAACUGGAGAAGAGGUGUUCAAGAGUAAAGCUCUGGAACUUGGAGAGAAACUUUUGCCAGCUUUUAACACCCCCACUGGUAUCCCACGUGGCGUCAUAAAUCUGGGCAGUGGCAUGAGCUGGAGUUGGGGUUGGGCAUCCGCUGGAAGCAGCAUCUUAGCAGAAUUUGGUACCUUGCACUUGGAAUUCCUGCACCUCUCGGAGCUCUCUGGCAACCCAGUGUUUGCAGAAAAGGUGAUGAACAUCCGCAAAGUCCUGAACAGAGUUGAGAAGCCGCAGGGCCUUUAUCCUAACUUUCUCAGCCCAGUGACAGGGAACUGGGUGCAGCACCACGUCUCCAUUGGGGGGCUUGGGGACAGCUUUUACGAAUAUCUCCUCAAAUCUUGGCUGAUGUCAGACAAGAAAGACUCUGAAGCUAAAAAGAUGUACAACGAUGCACUAGAGGCCAUAGAAAAGCAUUUGGUCAAAAAGUCUGCUGGAGGAUUGACCUACAUUGCUGAAUGGAGAGGUGGCAUCUUGGAUCACAAAAUGGGCCACUUGGCUUGCUUCUCGGGGGGCAUGAUAGCACUUGGAGCCGAGCACGCUGGAGAGCAGAGGAAGCAACAUUACAUGGAUCUGGCUGCAGAAAUAACAAACACAUGUCACGAGUCUUAUGCACGCUCAGAUACCAAACUCGGCCCCGAAGCCUUUCGUUUUGAUGCUGGAACGGAAGCCAUGGCGACCAGACUCAGCGAGCGCUAUUACAUCCUACGUCCAGAAGUGGUGGAAAGCUACAUGUACAUGUGGCGGCUGACACACGAUCCCAAGUACAGGCAGUGGGGCUGGGAGGUUGUGAAGGCCCUGGAAAAACAUUGUAGAGUAGAAGCUGGUUUUUCUGGCAUCCGAGACGUUUACAUCACAUCCCCAACCCAUGACAACAUGCAACAGAGUUUUUUCCUCGCAGAGACUCUGAAGUACCUCUAUCUUCUGUUCUGUGAAGAUGACGUGCUGUCCCUGGACGACUGGGUGUUCAACACAGAGGCUCACCCCCUGCCAAUCAACCACACGAACUUUAAAGCAAGUGUGCAGUAGUGAGGCCAUGGCCAGCACCCUGCUUCUGCAGCGUCGGCGGGUUACUGCAUUUCCUUUCCAUUAAAGGAAUUCGUGUUGUUCCUAAAAUGGUAUUUUGGGGCACUAGUCCAAUUCCGGACAGUAUUAUAUUGGGAAGAUGAAACCAUGACGUAAGCACCUUCUUUUCCUCUGUGAGGAGCUCUAUUAGCCUGAUAAUGAGAUGUUUAUUCUGGGCCAUAUUGUACACAGUUCAUAGACAUUCCUUUAUACAGAGAAUUUAUAUGAAAUCCACUGACUUUGCUUUAUAGUGGCCAAAGGACUGGAAGUUUGCCAUAAAAUAGACUUCACACACACACACACACACACAUCCUCCUUUCAUUUUUCUGUUUCAUUUUUGCCUUUUAUAUACUCUUGGAUUUAUCACCUUUCUAAUUAACAGUUUUCAGCAUACUGUGCUUUUGAAGUGGUAGGCUUUCUAGGCUCCUUGGGAAGGACAGGAUGGGAGAACGAGGAACGGCAGUUGCCCUUUUUGUGAGAGAGCAUCUAGAGUGUGUGGAGCUCUCCUGGGGAUGGAUGAGGAGCUGACUGAGAGCUUAUGGGUUAGGAUUAAAUAGAGAGCAGGUAAAGGUGACAUUAUAGCGGGUGUCUGCUAUAGGCCACCCCACCAGGAAGAGCGAGAGGAUCAGGUCCUCUACAGACAGAGGCGGGCAACCUCAGGUUUGAAUUCACAGGCCCUGGUCCUCACGGCGGAAUUCAGCCACCCCACCAUCUGCAAUGACAUAAGCAAUCCAGGAGGUUCCUUGAGUGGAUGGAUGAUAAAUUCCUCCUCCACAGAGGAGCCAACAAAGGGAGGUGCUGUGCUGGACCUCAUUGUACUCACCACCAAGCUGGGGCUCGUUGGGCAUGUGAAGAUCCAAGGCAGCUCUGGCUGCGGUGACCAUGAGAUGGUGGAGUUCGGGAUCCUGAGGGCAGGAAGGAGGAUGGAAAGCAAGCUCACAAUCCCGGACUUCAGGAGAGCAGACUGUGGCCUCUUCAGAGAUCUGCUUGGAAGAGUCCGGUGGGGUAAGACCCUGGAGGGAAGAGGUGCCUGAGAAAGCCAGUUAGUAUUCAAGAAUCGUGUCCUCCAAGCUCAAGAGAGUUCCAUUCCAAUGAGCAGGAAGUCGGGCAAAAAUGCCAGGAAGCCUGUGUGGAUGAAGAGAGAACUUCUAGCUGAACUCAGACACUAAAAGGAAGCGUACAGAGGGUGUAAGCCAGGACGGGAAACCUGGGAGGGCUAUGGAAAGGUUGUCUGAGCAUCCAGGGCUGACAUUAGGAAAGCUAAAGCCCAAGCAGAAUGGAAUUCAGCCAGGAGUGUCAAAGAUGACAGGAAGAGCUUCUAUAAGAACAUAGGUGACAAAAGGAGAACUGGGAAAAUGUGGCCCCACUUCUCAACAAGACAGGGAAGCUGGUUACACAGGACAUGGAAGAGGCUGAAAUACCAAAUGUUGCCUUUGCCUCAGUCUUUACUAGCAAAACUGGCCUUGGGGAACCCCGGGUUCCACAGACCAGGGGGAAAGGUGGGAGUAAGGGAGGUGUGCCCUCGGUGGAAGAGGAUCAGGUCAGGGAAUACUUGAGCAAACCGGGCCUUGAAGUGAUGCACCCACAGGUGCUGGGGGAGCUGGCACGUGUCAUUGCAAGGCCAGUCUCAAUAAUCUUUGAUCGAUCGUGAUGACUGGGAAAAGUGCCUGAAGACUGGAGUCAAGCAAAUGUCACUCCUGUCUUCAAGAAGGGCAGGAAGGAGGGCACAGGGAGCUAUGGAGCUCUGGGCUCAUCAGCCUCACCUCAGUCCCUGGGAAGGUGAUGGAGCAGCUAAUCCUGGAAACCGUUUCCAGUUGCACAAACGACAAACAAUUCUUCAUGAGCAGCCAGCACGGCUUCACCCCAGGGAUGUGGUUGGCCAACUUGAUAAACUUCUACAGUAGAUGACUGGCCUUGUAGGUGAGGGGAGAACAGCAGAUAUUGUUCUCGGAUCUGAUACUGAUCUUGUAUACUCCCCUUGUAGGUGAGGGGAGAUCAGCAGAUACUGAACUUCAGGAUGGCCUUUGACGCUGUCCAAAGGAUCAUCAUAAACCAGCUGUCGGUCGAUGGGCUGGAUGAGCAGUGAGGUGGGUUGAAAACUGGCUGAAUGGUUGGGCACAGAGGUGGUGAUCAGUGGCGUGAAGUCUAGUUAGAAGCCAGUAAAACUAGCAGAGCACCCCAGGGGUCAGUACUGGAUCCAGCCUCGUUUAAAUCUUCAUUCAUGAUCUAGAUGAUGGAGCAGAGCAUACCCUCGAUGUUUGCUGAUGACACAAAACCAGGAGGGGGCUGAUAUGCCCGAGGCUCAUGCUGCCGGCCAGAGGGAGCUCGACAGGCUGGAGAAGUGGGUUGGUAAGAACGUAACGAAGUUCAGUAAGCAGAAGUGCCCACUCCUGCACCUGGGUGGGAACAGCCCCGUGCACCAGUGUAUGCUGGGGCACCUGCUGGGAGCCAGCGUGGCAGAAAAGGUGUCCUGUGGACACCAAACUGACCAUGAGCCAGCGAUGAGACCUUGCUGCAAAGAAGGCCAACGGUCUCCUGGGCUGCCUUAGACAAAGUAUUGCCAACAGGGUGAGGGACGGGAUCCUUCUCCUCUGCUCAGCACUGGUGAGGCCACACCUGGAGUGCUGUGUCCAGUUCUGGGCUCCUCGGUAGAGAAGGGACACCGGGGAGAGUCCAGCGAAGGGCAGUGAAGAUCCUUAGGGGACUGGAACAUCUCUCCUAUGAGGAAGGGCUGAGAGAACUGGGACUGCUUAGCCCAGAGGAGAGAAGGCUCCAAGGGGACCUUAUUCGUGUCUAUAAAUACCUGAAGGGUGGGUGCAAAGAGCCGGGCUCUCUCCAGUGGUGCCCAGUGCCAGGACCAGAGGCGGUAGGCACACUGAAACACGGGAGGGUCCCUCUGAACACGAGCGAACACUUUGUGACCGGGAGGGUGACCGAGCACUGGCACAGGUUGCCCACGGAGGCUGUGAAGUCUCCAUCCUUGGAGAUACUCAAAAGCCACCUGGACGUGGUCCUGGGCAGCUGGGUCUGGGUGGCCCUGCUUGAGCAGCGGGGUUGGGCCAGAAGUCCCUGCCAGCCUCAACCAUUCUGCGACUCUGUGAUUCUGUAGUGUCAAAACUGUAGCUGAAUCAAAACCUGUCUGCAAAAUUCUUGAUCCUAAUGUAUUUUUAUAUACUUUUCCUGUGCUCUUAAAACACAUUUACCACACAUCACAUCUCAUUUAACUUUCCUUUAUCAUUUUUGUGUUUUUCUACUUUUAUUUGGAACUAAAUGUUAUGAGUCACUUGUAAUAAUUUCACUGCUGUAAUAGUCAAAUCUGUGAAACAGAAUAAAAGUCUUGUAAAAUAAAAAGCAUGUUUGGGUUGAUCCUCUUUAAAGCCA